UCAUGUUUCCACCCUAGGAAAAGUUUCAUAAUCGGUACUCUGAUUUGCAGGUUUCAUAACGCUUGCGAUCAUCGUUUGUUCUUGUUCUAUUUGACAGCACAUGAAAUGAUUCUGUAAGCGUGCGAGUAUAGUGAGAUGUGUUCUUUCCAAUUUCUUUCAAUUUGCGUGCGUUUAUCAUCGAUCUUCUUAAUCUUGCGGUCUAAAUCAAGCUGAUAAGUUAAAGCUACUGCAGAAUCUGUCGAAUCAUUGAUGAGCAGUGACACUCGCACUUAUUAAAAUAAAAUAGAUAUAUAUUUGAAGUGUGAUGAAGUGAGAUAGAAAGUUUCAGUGCAGCUCAGUGCAGGAACAGAAAACUUUACAUUGGGUUGAGAUAAUGGAUAUUUAUCACUCUGUUAUUCUUAAUUUCUAUCAUCGUAAUUGUUUACGAUUAAUUAUUGUUCUUCUCAUGUAGAUACUACUAAUUGAUUUUAAUCUGAGAAAUUAUAAUACUUCUUCAUGUAAUGGCUGAAAGUCAUAAAAUAAUAUUGUGCAAAGGAUCAUCUGAAAAGAAUGAUAGAACGGAGAUAUAUAUUAAAACAUUGGAGUCAGCUGGUUAUAUUUGUGAAUGUCUUCAAACAUUACAAUUUGAAUUUGUGAAUAUCUCAAAACUACAAGCAUGUCUGACAACAAUUGAUAAAUAUAGUGGUAUAAUAUUAACGAGUCCUCGUACGGUUGAAGCAAUUACAUUGGCAGUAAAAGAAGAUGCAAAUAUCAUGUGUUCUUGGCAACAGAUGCCAGCGUACUGUAUAGGACCUGCAACAGAAUCUCUUGCGAAAAGUCAAUUUAAUUUACAACAUUGUACAGGCAGUCAGUCUGGUAAUGCAAAGCGAUUGGCUGAAAAAAUUAUUCUCGAUAAAAAAGAUUCAAAGCCGCUAUUAUAUCCGUGCAGUGAAAUAGCACGUGAAACUAUACCUUGUAUCAUCACAGACAAUGGAAUUUCAAUAGAAAAAAUCAUAGUUUAUAGAACGUUGGAAAGUGAAACGCUUGAACAGGAAUUACUAAAAAUACUCGAGAAAUCCCCUAACAUAUUUGUUUUCUUUAGUCCAUCUACAGUAGAAUAUAUUUCAGCAAAACUUAUAAAAAGAUUUUAUAAUGUAAAAGAUAUAAAAGCAGUAGCAAUUGGACCUGUGACAAGAGAUGCAUUAAUUAAUUCUGGUUUUAAUGUAUAUGCUACUGCAAAUAAGCCUGAACCAACAGCUUUAAUGCAGGCAAUUAUAGCUGCUGAAUCUAUGGAAAAUAUAAGCGAGAAUAUUUCAUAAAAAUACAAUGCACUGAUAUAAUUUGCCAUAAUUGUAUCUAUUCUGUUACUUUCAUAUCAUACAUAUACUUAUGUCAUGCAUAUACUCUUUAAUAUGAAAACGUUUCGGAAUUAUGUUGUAAUAAAAGGAAUUUUCUUUUGUAA